AUGAAGUUUCAUUUCUUUCACAUUAUUACUUUUUUCAUGGUUGUGAUACUGGCAACUAAUGCUGAAACAUUACCACCUCAACUUUACUGGAAGUUCAUUCUUCCCAACACUCCAAUGCCAAAAGCCAUCACUAAUCUUCUUACCAACUCUCCAAUGCCAAAAAUCAUCACUAAUCUCCAACUCCCUGGUGUAGAUGAUGCAAGCAAAAAAGGCUACGACGAUGGAGGUGCAGCUGAUGUAAAAUCCGAAGAAUCACCUAAUCCCCUGUUUUACCACCGUUAUGCUACAAAGGAGAAUGAUGUAAAAUCCGAAGAAUCACCUAAUCCCCUGUUUUACCACCGUUAUGCUGCAGAGGAGAAUGAUGAAAAAUCUGAAGAAUCACCUAAUCCUCUAUUUUACCACCGUUAUGCUGCAAAGGACACUGAUGUAAAAUCAGAAGAAUCACCAAAUCCCUUUUUUUAUCAUCGUUAUGCUGCAAAGGAGGCUGAUGUAAAAUCCGAAGAAUCACCUAAUCCCUUGUUUUACCACCGUUAUGCUGCAAAGGACACUGAUGUAAAAUCAAAAGAAUCACCUAAUCCCUUAUUUUAUCACCGUUAUGCUGCAAAGGAGGCUGAUGUAAAAUCAGAAGAAUCACCUCUUCAUCCCUUUUUUUACCACCGUUAUGCUGCAAAGGAGAAUGAUGUAAAAUCCGAAGAAUCACCUAAUCCUCUAUUUUACCACCGUUAUGCUGCAAGGGAGACUGGUGUAAAACCCGAAGAAUCACGUAAUCCCUUGUUUUACCAUCGCUAUGUUGCAAAGGAGACUGAUGAUAAUUCCAAAGAAUCACCUAAUCCCUUGUUUUACCACCGUUAUGCUGCAAAGGAGACUGGUGUAAAAUCCGAAGAAUCACCUAAUCCCCUGUUUUACCACCGUUAUGCUGCAAAGGAGACUGAUGUUAAUUCCGAAGAAUCACCUAAUCCCCUGUUUUACCACCGUUAUGCUGCAAAGGAGACUGAUGUUAAUUCCGAAGAAUCACCCAAUCCCCUGUUUUACCACCGUUAUGCUGCAAAGGAUAAUGGUGCAAAAUCCGAAGAAUCACCUAAUCCCCUGUUUUACCAUCGUUAUGCUGCAAAGGAGACUGAUGCAAAAUCCGAAGAAUCACCUAAUCCUCUAUUUUACCGUAGUUAUGCUGGAAGUGAGACUCAAUUGCAUGCUAAACCAAAUGCAACAAUAUUCUUCUUUGAAAAGGACUUAUUCCAUGGAAAAAAAUUGUUCGUGAAAUUCGUCAGGACCACUUCAAAUAAUGAAGAAAUUUUUUUGCCUAGAGAAAUUGCUAACUCGAUACCUUUUUCAUCUAACAAGAUGGAAUACAUUCUCAAUAAAUUGAACAUCGAGAAAGGGUCAAAGGGUGCUCGUAUUGUGAAGAACACAAUUAGUGAUUGUGAAAUGGAAGGCGUCAAAGGAGAGGAAAAACUUUGUGUAACAUCAUUGGAGUCCAUGAUUGAUUUCAUUACUUCUAAACUUGGGAAAAAUGUUGAGGCUUUUUCAACAGAAAUUAACAAAGAAAGUGUGUUUCAACAUUAUACAAUAGCAGAAGGAGUGAAGAAGUUGGGGGACAAGAACAAAGUUGCUGUGUGCCACAAAGUGAGUUACCCUUAUGUAGUAUUUUAUUGCCACGAAACAAAUACAACUAAGGCUUACUCAGUUCCUUUGGAGGGUGCUGAUGGAAGCAGAGUUAAAGCUAUUGCUGUGUGUCACACUGAUACAUCAGAAUGGAACCCGAAUCAUUUGGCAUUUCAAGUCCUCAAAGUUAAACCUGGAACUGUUCCGGUUUGCCACCUCCUACCUCAAGAUCAUGUUAUUUGGAUUUCCAAGUAG